UGUCGUCUGUUUGGUGUUGCUUUGCUGUCAUGUUUUGAAGACCGGUGAUAUGAAAGGCUAAUGUUUCCCAUUUUUGAAGGGUUUUCGAUUCAACAUUAGAACAAUGUUGCAAGGAUACGGACCCAUAAUUCAAUCAUUACUCGGUACUUUAUUGACAUGGGGACUGACAGCAGCCGGGGCUGCCAUGGUGGCCGUAAUCCCAGGGACGAAGAAAAGCGUUCUUGACAGCAGCCUUGGAUUUGCUGCUGGCGUUAUGAUUGCCGCCUCGUAUUGGUCCUUACUAGCGCCUGCAGUGGAGCUGGCAGAGGAGUCAAAAAACUACGGUGAAAAUGGAGAGUACGCUUGGCUCCCUGUGUCCUUGGGGUUUAUCCUUGGGGCAUUGUUUGUUCUGGGUGCCGAUGUUAUAAUAUCAUCCCUAGGAGUCAGCAACCCUGAAAUGAUUUUAGCAAUGCAAGGAAGCAGUCGAGGGACGAAGGAGAAGGAUGACUCUUUCUCUACGUAUUAUGAACAAAACCCAGCGUUAUCAGAUAACGCUACCACAAUUGACGUAUUUACAGAUAGUGCACCGUCAAGAAGGAGAGUGAAAGGUGCAGGCGACUUAAGUAUUAGCAACAGUUUGCACUCACAGCACACUGUACAUGAAUCAAGCGUCUCCAACAGUAAGCAGUACCAACAGUGGAGGCGCAUGCUGCUCCUCAUCAUGGCCAUCACCAUCCACAACAUCCCGGAAGGGCUCGCUGUCGGUGUCGCUUUUGGUGCAGUGGGCAGCUCCCAUUCCGCAACAUUCCAAAAAGCCAGGAACCUGGCCAUCGGCAUCGGCAUCCAGAACUUCCCCGAGGGGCUGGCCGUCAGCGUGCCCCUGCACGCCGCGGGCUUCAGCGUGUCCAGGAGCUUGUGGUACGGCCAGCUGAGCGGGCUGGUGGAGCCCGUGGCGGGCGUCCUGGGCGCCGCCUUCGUGUCGCUGGCCGAGCCCAUGCUGCCCUACGCCCUGGCCUUCGCCGCCGGCGCCAUGAUCUUCGUCGUGGUGGACGACCUCAUCCCCGAGGCCAACACCAGCGGCAACGGCAGGCUGGCGUCGUGCGGAGCCAUCGCGGGCUUCGUCGUCAUGAUGGUCCUCGACACGGCGCUGGGCUGAAGGGGCGAACCGGCCAGGCAGACGCCUUUAAAUUAAUUCGCAGCCAAUCGGGUUGCGCUCAUUACCUUUUAAUUUUAUUAGUGUUGACUGCAGGACCAAAGAAAAUGAUUCGUCGUGCGACCGGCAAAGAGCACACUGUCAUUCGGCAAACGUGACGUCAUUUUCGUUCGAAAAGUGAAUUUUGUCACGUUCGUUUUAACACGAUGUCACGUUCGAUGGAACGUGACAACGGCAGUCGAACAAGGGUGUCGCAACGUUGAAUCAACCAACAUUCAAACGAGUGUGGCACCGUAUGCAAACGAACGUUUUUAAAAAAAUUCGCAUUUUAACUGAUAUGACGUCACAUUCGUGGAAUGACAGUGAGGUGGUCGACGAAGUGAAGGUGAACGGAAAGGGGGCGGGGAAACGGGAAAGUCUGCUUUAAUGGUGUUGAUGUUCAUCUUGCUGUGAUGUACGUAGUUAUUUCAAGGCAGGCAUUUGUAUGCAUACGAAUGCACUGCGUGAUCUCAUGGUCAGUAAGUGCUGCGAUACGCGCAACCGUCUUCAGCCUUCCAACCGGAAAACUGACGUGUUGCGUUUUGUGGCGCUUGCUCAAACGGGGGCUUUCGGGUUUUUAAAAAAGUAUUGUUCUUACUCUCACUGUGAUUUUUUAAUUAUUUUUAACUGUCUUCCUGACGUGGAUAUGUAUCUUGCAUUACGUAUGGUGCGUUUUGGAAAUGUAUUCGUUUUCAUGUUUUUAUACUGCUGCGACUACGUCAUUUGUGUACUUGGCUUUUAGUUGACUAAAUAUGUACUUCCAGAGAAGAGGGGUGGGAAAAACAGUCAUAUCGGGGAUGUGACCUUGUCGUUCGGCAAACUGUCGACUUCGAUGUAAACCCUGUACUAUGCUGUCUCAAAAUUUUAUAUCUCGUUUUGAAAUAAAGUGAUGAUGGCACCACA